AUGGUGCAUUACCGGGAAUCGGGCGCGAGAGGUUCGUCUUUCAUAUUUUCCCCACCGGUCAACAACGUCCUGCAAGCACUAAAAAGAUGCUACUGCGAGGGCCAUUGCCCGGACGGUCAGCAAAACGGCACGUGCGAAAUUCGAACGGGCGGUAAAUGUUUCACGUCCGUCGAAGCCGUUUACGAUGAAAUCCAAGACAGGGACGUGCCCUUUUACACGUUCGGAUGUCUACCGGACGACGAGCGAGGCCUCAUGCAGUGUCAGGGUCAUCUGGUGCCUCACGAACAGAGCAAAUCGAUCCAAUGCUGCAACGAUCGAGACGAAUGCAACAAAUUCCUGCGACCGACCUAUCCGGAGCGACCGACGCCCGAAACGCCCGGUUUCGGUAACACCGACAGCCUGCCCUUCACCAUUCUAUUGACAUCGGUCACCUUUUGCCUCACUUUGGUCCUCUUGGUCAUCGCGCUGGUGUACGUGAAGAAACGCAGGAAAGACAUGCAGAGGAAAUUCGGAUUGUACGGCAAGGCGUACGGCGCCGAAAAGUUUCCCAAUUUGGAGGUUCAUGGUCCGUUGACCAAUCUGAUCGAACAAUCGAGCGGAUCGGGCUCGGGAUUGCCGAUACUCGUCCAACGGACGAUCUCCAAGCAAAUCCAAAUGGUGCAUUCGAUCGGUAAAGGUCGCUACGGGGAGGUGUGGCUGGCGAAAUGGCGGGGCACCCGCGUGGCUGUCAAAGUGUUCUUCACCACCGAGGAGCAGAGCUGGUUCAGGGAGACGGAGAUCUAUCAGACGGUGCUGAUGCGCCACGAGAACAUACUCGGUUUCAUCGCCGCCGAUAUCAAAGGUACGGGUAGUUGGACGCAGAUGCUGCUGAUAACGGAUUACCACGAAUUGGGCAGCCUCUACGACUAUUUGCAAGAUCGUUGUUUGGAUCCGGCGGCGUUGUUGUUGAUGGCCCAAAGCGUCUCGUCCGGCCUGUCGCAUUUGCACACGGAAAUAUUCGGUACGAAGGGCAAGCCGGCGAUCGCGCAUCGCGACAUCAAAAGCAAGAACGUGCUGGUGAAGAGGAACGGCGAAUGUUGCAUCGCCGAUUUCGGUUUGGCCGUUAAAUACUCGUCUGAUAUGAAGGAAAUCGAAGUACCGCCGAACGUGAGAUCGGGCACCAGGAGGUACAUGGCGCCCGAGCUGCUCGACAAAUCGAUGAACCCUCAUAAUUUCGAGUCGCACAAAAAGGCCGAUAUGUACGCCCUCGCGCUAGUAUUAUGGGAGAUGGGAAUGCGAUGCGUAACGGGCGACAUGCUAAAGAUAGCCGACGAGUACGCGUUGCCCUACCACGAUUGCGUACCGUCCGAUCCGUCGUUCGACGAUAUGCUGGGGGCUGUGUGCGUGAAGAACGCGAGGCCGCAGAUUCCCCGUCGAUGGGAGGGCGAGGAAGUGCUGGAGACGCUGGCGAAGAUCGUGCAGGAGUGUUGGCAUUCGAAUCCCGACGUGCGAUUGACGGCGUUGAGGGUGAAAAAGACAUUGUCCAAAUUGGAUACGGACACCACGAUAAAAAUCGUGUGA